GUGGAGGCGGUCCGGGGCAGCCUCAGUUUUCUGUAAUCGCUUUUCUGCUGCUGCUACCUCCAGUUAAAUAGCAAGGACACGGGAGCGAGCAGACGGCCGUGUGAGGAUAUAAUUUCUUCGGUACCUUGGGAUUACGACGCGGAAUUGCAGCAUCGACGGCCAGCCGCCAGCUUUCAAUCUGCACAUCCCUGCCCUGUUUUAACCCUCAGCCACAUCCAGCUGUAGAUUGAUUGAAUUAAACCCUCCUUACUGUGGCUUCCCUUUUCAAAUCUGCCCAUUUUGCUGAGAAAAGGCACAGGGCCCACGAUGUCCAGCGAAGUGCAGAGACCGGACGACAGCCCCAGCACCAGCGGGGGAAGCUCAGAUAUUGAACAAAGGGAAUCGGUACCACCUGAACAGGAACGAGAGCAAGCACAGCCUAAAAAGAAGGAGACCAAGAUCUCGAGUAAAACUGCUGCUAAACUUUCAACUAGUGCCAAGAGGAUUCAAAAAGAGCUCGCAGAAAUAACACUAGACCCACCUCCGAACUGCAGCGCCGGCCCCAAGGGAGACAACAUCUAUGAGUGGAGGUCGACCAUCCUGGGACCGCCGGGCUCCGUGUACGAGGGAGGCGUCUUCUUCCUGGACAUCGCCUUCACGCCAGACUACCCCUUCAAACCCCCCAAGGUAACGUUUCGUACGAGGAUCUAUCACUGCAACAUCAACAGUCAGGGCGUGAUCUGUCUGGACAUCCUGAAGGACAACUGGAGUCCCGCCCUCACCAUCUCCAAGGUGCUGCUGUCCAUCUGCUCCCUGCUCACAGACUGUAACCCAGCCGACCCUCUGGUGGGAAGCAUCGCCACACAGUAUCUGACCAACAGAACAGAGCAUGACAGAAUAGCCAAACAAUGGACGAAGAGAUACGCCACAUAGACUCCCCGCCGCAAUCCAUCCCCUCCUUUAUCUCCCCCGACCCUUCAUCGCACCUCUCUCUACCUCUCUCUCUCACCCUUACGGCCGAAAUACGCCAGGCACGGACGAGGCGCGACACGUCUGUCACGGCAGGGCGCGUCCAUUAUAAUCAUCUGAAGCUGCUACACUGACCGCGGAAGCCGCGAGCACCCACGCGGGCAUCGUGCUGCUCAUCCAUUUUUACGCGGCAGGUCUUUUUUUUUUUUUUUUUUUUAAAUCUUUUUUUCUGUACGUGCGGCUACACGGCCCUCCAACAGGAAAAAAACUACAUAUAACUGUAAAAAAUGAGUACAAUCUAUUUAAAUUAAAAUAAAUACCUCAUCGUACCAGAGGCAAUGCGACGCAGCAGUGCAACCUUGUGGUUUUUUUUUUUUUCAUUGCACAUUAAAAUAAAUCAAUCAAUGAUCCAGUUUAAUUAAUUCAAUACCAGUUAAUAUAGUCUCCAUAACCAACUGCAUUAUCACUGGGCAAAACUCAACGUCUGGCACGCAACCACACGCUACGAAGACGGAGUCUGUGUAGCAGGUAAAAAAAACAAAAAAAACCAGCUCCGCACCGCCUACGUGAUGCGUCGCGUCCGUGCCUGAUGUAUCUCAGCCGUCAGUCUGUCAAAGCACACUCACUAAGUGCAACGGUAUUCCUGCCCUCCUGUCACCCUCCUCCUCCUCCUCCUCCACCUUCCACCUCUUCCUCCUCCCCCAACAUUUUAUCUACCU